AUGGACGGAGGACAGACAGACUCAGACUCAGCAACAAGACUAGCAAUCACCAUCGUCUCACCAUCAUCUCACCAUCAUCUCACCAUCGUCUCACCAUCGUCUCACCAUCAUCUCACCAUCAUCUCACCAUCGUCUCACCAUCGUCUCACCAUCGUCUCACCAUCGUCUCACCAUCAUCUCACCAUCAUCUCACCAUCGUCUCACCAUCGUCUCACCAUCGUCUCACCAUCAUCUCACCAUCAUCUCACCAUCGUCUCACCAUCGUCUCACCAUCGUCUCACCAUCAUCUCACCAUCAUCUUACCAUCGUCUCACCAUCAUCUCACCAUCGUCUCACCAUCGUCUCACCAUCGUCUCACCAUCGUCUCACCAUCGUCUCACCAUCAUCUCACCAUCAUCUCACCAUCGUCUCACCAUCGUCUCACCAUCGUCUCACCAUCAUCUCACCAUCAUCUCACUAUCGUCUCACCAUCGUCUCACCAUCAUCUCACCAUCAUCUCACCAUCGUCUCACCAUCGCAGUGGAGGACAUGUGGUAUCCCCCGCCUCUCACAGUGCGCUGGAUGCUCAUCACCAACUCCAUCGACUUAAAGACUGCCAUCCGCUCGCGUUUCCCCGGCAAGGUGAGUACAUGUGCUCUUGGCAAUUAA